AUGAGCGAGCAGGAAAAUAGGGCGAAUGGCAACACUUCUCAAGAGCAGAAUCCUGAUGCGGGGACCGGCUUGAUGAUCCCCCCAACACACACCGAUUCGGCCCUGUGUGGUCCGGCCAUCCGCGCAGCAGCAAACAAGCAAACACACUACGGCUGGGCACUUGAGAAUCUGCCCACCAUGGGAAGACAAAGCCAGAGACCAGCCAAAGAAGCCCAAAGCCCAGCCCAAACAGCCUGGACCGGCGCCAUUGCGAUAGGCUCAUGGCCCACGACCGGAGCUGCACAGGCUCUGGGCUCCACGCAAACCGGCCAUGCUAGUGGCCCAUCUCACGCAUCAAUGGCACCUUGA